AUGGGGAUCGACGAGGAUUUAAGUCCUCUUUGCUGGGGAGUGACUGUGCCGUUCGUCUUGCUCACAGUGGCGUCCUUCCUAUUGCGUGUCUACUCGCGUGCAUUUAUUGUCAGAUGCUUUGGAAUGGAUGACUGGCUUGCCACUAUCGCAUUCGUGAGUUGGCCGUUUCAACAUACAAACGCACCACUGACCAAUAACUUCUCAGACUGUCUGGAUAGGCCAAUGUUAUAUAUGUUGGUCUAUCUUUUUGUCGAAGAGUUCUAUUACUUUGCGUUGCAACUCUUCAUUAAGCUGUCUUUCCUAUUCUUCUUCCGCAGGAUUUGGACAUCUCGCACAGUUGGCCGCCUCAUCAUCGGUGUCAUGGUACUUGUCUGCUUCCAGAUUACCGGAACAUUCAUAUUCUAUGCAUUGCAAUGCAUUCCGAUACAAGCGUAUUUCCAUCCCGAGAGAUAUCCAAAUGCGAAAUGCCUCUCUUCAUUGGCAACGCUUAUCUUUCCAAGCACUGCAAAUGUCGCCGUCGAUGUGAUCAUCUACAUCUUGCCCAUCUGGCCUUUGUGGAAUCUCCACGCAUCACGGAAGCGCCGUAUUGCUCUCAUGUCCAUGUUUACCUUCGGUGGUGGGGCAGUCCUCGUAUCCGGCCUUCGAUUCCUUGUUCUCUUCGAGUUCUCAGCAGACCCAGACUUCGCAUACGUCCUUGGAAAAAUCGUCAUUGUAACGAUGAUCGAGUUCUGCACAGCGCUUUUCACUCUCAACAUGCCUUCAUUCAAAGCAGUCUGGAGUAAGCAUGUCACUGGGACAUUCCUUGACAACGGAGAGAGCAUGCCGCCGCAGCAUGAGCUCUCCGACGUCUCA